AUGGAUCCUGCCGUCCAACGCGCCCUAAACGACAAGCUCUAUGACAAGCGCAAGGUCGGCGCACUUGAGUUGGAGAGGCUCAUUCGUGAACUCGUCGCCCAAAAGGACUACAGUAGGGUUGAGGCCGUGCUUGACCAGCUCUGCAACGAUUUCGCUUAUGCCGUCCACCAACCCCAUGCUCGAAACGGAGGGCUAAUAGGACUGGCUGCCGCUGCCAUUGCUCUUGGCUCGGAGCUUGCCAAACACCUCGAAGUUAUUGUGCCGCCAGUGCUUGCGUGCUUCACUGACCAAGAUGCCCGCGUUCGGUAUUAUGCCUGCGAGGCCAUGUACAACAUCGCAAAGGUGGCCAAGGGCGAGAUUCUGAUCUACUUCAACCACAUCUUCGACGCACUGUGCAAGUUAGGUGCCGAUUCGGAACUAUCCGUCAAAAACGGUGCCGAGCUGUUAGACCGUCUCAUCAAAGAUAUCGUUUCAGAAUCCGCGGCCACCUAUGUCUCCGUCUUGGAACAGCCACUCGCGUACCAGGAGGACGAUAAAAUCUCCCCAGAGGACUCACUUGAGCUGCCUACCGCAUUCUCACUAAAGCGAUUCAUACCUUUACUCCGAGACCGCAUCUACGCCCUCAACCCAUUCACGCGCACAUUCUUGGUUGGAUGGAUCAUCCUGCUCGACUCCAUCCCAGACCUGGAACUCGUCACCUACUUGCCCGACUUUCUCAGCGGGCUUUUACGUUUUCUAGGAGACCCAAACAGAGAUGUCCAUGUCGCCACCCAGGGUUGCCUGGACAAGUUCCUCAACGAGAUUAAACGCAUCGCUCGCGUCAAGAAGGGCAUCGCCGAGAGCAAGAAGUCUAAGGAAGGGAAGCGCAAGCGGGUUGACUCGAUCGAUAGCGGGAGUGUGCGUCCUCAGUUAGAGGAAGGUGAUGAAGUGGAUUCCGAGACGGCCGCAGAUGACGAGGAGGUUGAUAGUGAAGACGACUGGGUCCCCGGUCAAGACGUCCAAAUCAACUAUAAAGCUAUUUUGGAGAUAUUAACUGCCACGCUAGAUUCCCCAUUAGAAGAGGAUGGCCUCCUGGAAUCGCUGCGUUGGAUCGUUGAGUUUCUUGAAAUAUGCCCGGAAGAGGUCCUCCCCUUCACCCCUAAGAUUUUGGCACACUUGCUCCCCGCCAUGGCUAGUGGCGUCGAGCCCAUCCGCCAAGCUGCCGGGAGGGUAAACUCUUCCCUUUUGGAUUACGUAGUAUCCUUAUCGGACGAGGCGGAUCUGCAUUCGACCUCGUCAUCACGGAUACCUGGGCCGCCGCCAGGGGCCGAACGGCAAGAUGGAGCAUCAAGUGCUCGAGCGUCUAUUUCUGGUCCGAGGGACGGGGAAGUGCGGAGUCCCACGCCAGCGCACGUCCGGACCGCCCCGCGAACGCCAACCCCAAGUUUACCUCCUACCCAGCCUCAGGCAGACCUUGACUACGCCGCCGCUGUCAGCUCGCUCACGCUCUUGUUCCUUAAUGACCAUGAGGCGACUCGAGUUGCCGCGUUGACCUGGCUGAUCAUGCUCCAUCGCAAGGCGCCCAGAAAGGUGCUCGCGUUCAACGACGGCACCUUUCCUGCGCUGCUUAAGACGCUUUCCGAUCCCGCCGAAGCAGUGGUCACCAAGGACCUCCAGUUACUCUCACAAAUAUCGAGGAAUAGCGAGGACGAUUAUUUUGCCAACUUCAUGGUCAGCCUACUUCAGCUGUUUUCCACGGAUCGCAGGCUCUUGGAAACGCGCGGGAACCUCAUCAUCCGCCAAUUAUGCACGAGCCUCAGCGCGGAACGCAUCUACCGGACCUUGGCCGACUGCAUCGAGAAGGAGGAGGAUGUGGAGUUUGCCAGCAUCAUGGUUCAGAAUCUGAACAAUAACUUGAUUACCGCACCAGAGCUAGCUGAGUUGAGAAAACGGCUGCGGAAUCUUGAGACCAAAGAUGGACAAACGUUUUUUGUCACGCUGUUUCGGUCGUGGUGUUACAACGCUGUCGCGACGUUCUCACUUUGUCUGCUCGCGCAAGCGUAUGAGCAGGCUUAUAACCUGCUGCAAAUAUUUGCCGAGCUAGAAAUGACGGUGAAUAUUCUCAUCCAGAUCGACAAACUUGUACAGCUCCUCGAGUCGCCGGUGUUUACAUACCUAAGACUCCAGCUCCUCGAGCCUGAGCGGUACCCGCAUCUGUACAAAUGUUUAUACGGGCUUCUCAUGCUCUUACCGCAAUCAUCCGCUUUCGCCGCCCUCAAAAACCGCCUAAAUAGCGUUAGCUCGAUUGGAUACUUGCACAUUGCUCCACGACCUAACGCAACGACCCCUAAUGCCUCCAGCUUUGAUCGCCCCAACCGCCUCAAGGGCCGCGAAGAAGGCAUCAUCCGCUGGGGCGAGCUCCUCGAGAAGUUCCGUUCCGUCCAGGACCGCGCCCGCCGAUCGCGACGUUUGGCUGGUGGUGGGCCCGGUGCCGACGAUCUGGACGAGCCAGGUCUGAGGCUUGGAGACGGAUCAGUGGAAAGAGGAGGGGGAGCGGGGCACGGCGGGAGUUUAUUAGACGUGGGUGGAGUAGCGGGAGGAGGAGGAGCAGGAGCACAAGGGUCAGGCGGACGAAGAGGCCCGGUGCCGGUGAUGGGGGGUGGAAAGGAGACACCGCCGUUGAAACCGGAGCCGAAGCCGAGGUCGGGGUUGGGAAGGCAGUUUGGACGGCUAGGCGGAGCUGUUUCCGGGAGAGGCAAGCGCUAG